UCCGCCGGCGCAGCGCUUUAUAACAAAGUGCAUUGCUCGUCAGCUUGUAACCGCUCGGACACACAGCAGCCUGGUGUCUCAUUCCACUGCCCCAACAUGUCCUCAGACGUUAGCACAGACUUGGAGCUGGAGCUGGGCGAGUUGCUGCAGGAGUUCCAGGACGUGGUGGAGGAGCUGAGGGCCCCGUCUCGAAGCAGAGCUCAUGUGUACCAGCACGUCCUGCAGGAGGCCAAAAGUCGCACGGGGCCCGGGGACGACAGCGGGGUGGAGGACUCGGACUACGGCAGCGAAGCUUCUUUGGGAAACAGUUUGAACACCAGCGAGGAGGAGCUUCACACAGCAGGCAUAACGCUGGCACCGAAAGCCAAACUGGGAGACACAAGGGACCUUGAGAGUUUUAUCAACAUGUUGGAUCAAGAACUUGCAGAAAUGUGAACAGGGAGUGAAAGCGAGCCACGUAGACGGUGGGAGGGUGGGGGAGCGGGGGAGCAGGCCGGGGGCGACAUGGCUGGCUACUGCCGAGCAGACAGGCAGAUCUACACCCGAGCAGAUCUGAGGGAGCAAAAUGCUCCCCUGGCUGCUCCGGGGGAAAAGGUUAACAUCAGAAAUUAAAAGGGCACUCUAUUCCAAAAUGCAAGAACACCCCCAGACCCCUGGCGAUGCCGCGUCCAGCCGGCAAGACGACGUCCCCACAGCAUCAGAUCCAAGAUGUGUGACAUAUUCUCAAAGCUAGACAACGCUUCCAUCUGUCCGCGAAGAGAGAGGAAACGCUGCAGAGACCAUAGAAAGCAUAUUUAAUGCCACAUUAAAAUUCACAUGAGUACUAUUCCAGUAAAAAGGGGCCCUAAAUCCUCAGUGCUGUAUUUUUUUAAAGGGAGCCCAUCUUUGUUUAGUUCAAAAUCACUAAUGGCACUUUAGUUUGAAACAAAUUUCAGGCCCAAGGGGCUCAGCCCUGCUGUGUAAUAUCAAAUGUCAUGUCUGCGCUGACGUUUCCAGUGUACAGUUCUUGUUAAUAUUCUUUUUUUAAAAAUAUGAAUUGUUGUACAGAUGAAUGCACAUAUAAAUAAAGCCAAAUUUUGAUGGA